AUGUUGGUAGAUGACAUAGACGACAUAGACUUCAGAGACGACAUAGACUUCAGAGAUGACAUAGACUUCAGAGACGACAUAGACUUCAGAGAUGACAUAGACUUCAGAGAUGACAUAGACUUCAGAGAUGACAUAGACUUCAGAGAUGACAUAGACUUCAGAGACGACAUAGACUUCAGAGAUGACAUAGACUUCAGAGACGACAUAGACUUCAGAGAUGACAUAGACUUCAGAGAUGACAUAGACUUCAGAGAUGACAUAGACUUCAGAGAUGACAUAGACUUCAGAGAUGACAUAGACUUCAGAGACGACAUAGACUUCAGAGACGACAUAGACUUCAGAGACGACAUAGACUUCAGAGAUGACAUAGACUUCAGAGACGACAUUGGCCCAACCUAA